AAACAAGAAUGCCGCCGAUAAUAUUCAUAAAAUGCGACACUGUACUUUGUGAGACUUAAAUUGAUAUUGUAUUCUAAAAUUUCUUAAAAAAAAAGCAAAAAAUGGAAAAUGAACAAAACGAUAACGUCAACAGAGAUGAAUUGAUAAUGCAACAGCAAAGGGAUAUCGAAAGAGAGAUAAGUGACACAAUUCCUUUGGUUAGUGAAAAGUUGCCGGUGAACUGCUUGAAUGCCGAAUAUAUAGGGGAUGCUGUAUUUACAUCUAAAAUUGAAGAUUUGUCCGCUAAAUAUUCGCAUCUUAGGCGUACUCGUCCAGAUGGAAACUGUUUUUUUAGAGCUUUUGCGUAUGCUUACUUGGAACACCUAAUCUCGAACAAGGAAGACUAUGAUAAGUUUCGGCAGUUAGGCGAAAACUCCAAAGACAAACUAGUACAAUUAGGAUUUCCUAGUUUUACGCUGGAGGAUUUUCACGAAACUUUUAUGGAAGUUGUUAAGCGUGUGGAUCCGUCUACGUCCAAUCCAGACAUAUUGAGCGAACAGUUACACAAAAUAUUUAAUGACCAAGGGUACUCUGAUUACGUAGUGGUAUACCUGAGGUUGCUCACAUCAGGAAAACUUCAAGAGGAGGCUGAUUUUUACCAAAACUUUAUUGAAGGCAAUUUUACCAUUGAGGAAUUUCGACAUCAGGAAGUGGAACCCAUGUACAAAGAGUCGGAUCAUAUUCACAUCAUUGCUCUCUGUUCUGCUCUCGGAGUAGGCGUACGAGUGGAGUAUAUGGAUCGGGGAGAAGGUGGUACUGUAAAAGCUCAUGACUUUCCAGAAGGACAAACACCUAAAGUUUUUCUAAUUUAUCGACCUGGUCAUUAUGAUAUUUUAUAUCCUAAAUAAUGUAUAUUGUUUUACUUCUACUGAAAUAUUAUGAAUUCUAUGAAAAUGAACUACUUCAGUUUACUAUAAAAAAAAAAAAACUAAAGCUAUUCGAUGGAAUUUUCUGUAAUUGAGGCGCAAAGUAAUGAAUACAGUACUGAAAAUACGCCGGAGGAAUUUAAGAGAGUACAGUGUGAGCAAGUUUAGUUUUAACUUAUAAAUACAUUUCUAUGCUUGCCCCUAAAUGACUAAAAUGUUAAUUAAGAUUUCAAAAUACAUAUUUCAAUAUGUUUUUUUUUUAUCCUUCAGUCAAGGCCUACAUAAGGACGUCCAAGAAGUAUACAUUUGACAACGCUUUGACAAUAAACUUAAAAGUUUGUACACAA